GGAUCCUUUGUUGUCCUGUUUCCUUUACCAGUAACCAGAAACAAGUUUAUAUAAGAAAGAAGAGAUCAGAGUCUUAUACGUAUUUCUAACGCUGUGGAUAAUAACUCGGGCUUGUUCUGUUCAUUAUCGAAGAUGGGACCUUUUGUAUUGUUUAUGCUAUGCGUUGGUAUCGUGCACUCCCAAACAACAACAACAACCACAGAGAAAUCGAAUUUUGAUGGUGAAUACACAGAGUGGGAGAUAGUUGGAGACCUUAUCGGUGAACCUCUAAACGAUACUGAUAUUGAAGAUGAUCAGGGUUUACUUGACGCAGCCGACCCUCCUGUCCUCUCCGAUGAUAUGUGCUUCGAAAUACUGAGGACUCUAGACCAAACAGAUAAGAUUCAAAGUGAUCAGAAAGAUAAACCCAAACUACCCAGUAGCUUGCAAGGAGAAACUCAGGAUCAGCCAGGUUUCUUUGGUCCUGGAAGUGGCUAUCGUCCUACGGCAUACAGUCGUUGCUAUAGAACCAGGCACUAUGGAGGAUACCCUGGAUCUUUAUGCUAUGGACGCCGUCGCGUCGUUUACGGCUACUACAGUUACUGCUGCCGGAACUAUUAUUUCAGACCCUUCGUCUUCAGGAGAGGGAGAUACAUCAGGUGUAGGUGUUAUUAACUUCACGUCCCUAUAAGUGUACUGUGCAGUAAAUAUUAUAGUAAAGGAAUAAUUAAGAA